AUGAACGGGACGUACUCGGCGGACGCCGUGCGCGACGCGGCGGUGGCGUUCGUGCGGACCGCCCAACGGCCGUUCUACGCCCAGUGCGCCUUCCAGAACGUCCACGAACCGCUGGAGGUGCCGGCGCGCUUCGCGGACCGCUACGCUGCGGCGCUCCCGGCGCGGGAGCGCGUCUACGCGGGCAUGGUCUCGGCGUUGGACGAGGCCGCCGGGAUCGUGCUCGACGCCCUACCCGCGCUCGACGAGACCGUCGUCGUGUUCUUUUCCGACAACGGCGCCAUGGCCAAUUCGGCGGCGCCCUCGGGCGCGCGGGCGAACUACUUCAAGGGCGGGAAGACGCUCACGACGGAAGGCGGGACGCGCGCGCCCUGCUUCGUCCGCUACCCGCCGCUCCUCUCGCCGGGCUGGUCCGCGUCGCUCGUCCACGUCGUCGACCUCUUCCCGACGCUCGUCGCCCUCGCCGGCGCGACCCACGCCCUCGACCUCGACGGCGUCGACGCGGCGCCGCAGCUCCUCGACCCCGCCACCCCGGGCCGCCGCCGGGAAGUGCUCUACAACAUCAAUCCGCGGUCGGACGACGCCGACCAGCUCAAGGCGCCCAAGGCGGCGCUGCGCUACGACGACUUCAAGCUCUCCUUCGAGUUCUGGUCCAACCGCAGCGGCGCGGCCCUCUACGACCUUGCGGCGGAUCCCAUGGAGACGUCGGACGUCGCGAACCGGCACCCGGGCGUCGUGCGCGACCUCGCGGCGCGUCUCGAGGCGCACGCCGCGCGCCUCCCGCCGCCCUUCGAGCCGUGGCCGCCGUUCCAGGGUGCGGAUUACGCCUGCUGCGACUGCGAGGAGACGUUCGCGCGCGGCGCGCCGGCCGUCUGGGCGCCCUGGAUCCCCGACGACUACGCGGCGGCGCCCUGCGCGCCGCCCUACGCCGCGUGCGUCGUCCCGCCCUGUUACGGGCAUUGA